AUGGCGGAUAUCCCAGAAGAUGUAAAACUUGAACAACUAUUAGAGUUACGGGAGCAACUACGAGAGCAAAUCGAUCAACUUGAUGCGAAUAAUCCGCCGGAACCAUCUGGUAGUAUGCGAAAAAUAUCGAAAUAUCCUGACAGAUGCCAAGCAAGAGUUAGCAAAAAGGCCGAAAAGCGCCCCAAUUCCUGCACAGUAAAUGGUUGCUCUAACGAUAAGGUUGCAAAGGUCUCACUUCCAGAGGGUACAGAAAAUGAAAAAAAUGAACAGCCCAGUUGCAGUGGUGUAAUAAAACCAGAUGAGAAGGUUCAUGGUACUUGGAUUUUGGAUAUUCCAGCAGCAUAUCGCCAGAAUUUGCACCAGUAUCCCUCUCGACAUAUAUUAGAAUUAUCAUCGGAUAUAACUGGUACAGAAAAUGGGUCAAAGAAAUUGAGCUUACAUUCAAAAAUUGAUGAAAUAACACCAAAAGAAGUACCGAAAGCUGAAACUAUCUGUACUAGAAAGAUUGAGGACAUACCGAUGGAGGAGAGAAUGGAAGAAAUCUCAUUGAGUACUUUAAUAAGUUCAAUGGGAGAUGAAACUGCAAAGGAUGACAUAAACAAUACUGCUAGUGUCCAGAUAGGAAAUAUUGUCUCAUCCAAGAACAUCGAAAGCAGUUUUUCCAUUGAUGCUGAAAAAUUAGUACCACUACCGCCUCCGCCAUCUCCACCUCCGUCCACACCAUCAUUACCAUUGCCACCACCGCAGCAUCAAUUUUUAUCGUCAAAUGAAGUGAACUCCAUAGGUGAUGAGAACACAUUAUUGGAUGAGCAGCAAUCAGAAGGAGCUGGAGAACGCAGUAAAAGCUUAUCACGACCAGCUGAAGACAGUGGCAGUGAAUUGAAUGGAAUAGAUGGAAGAAAUAAUAAAGAUGACAAAGAUGCAUUCUUAUCUGAUGAAGAUGAUGGUGAAGAUAUCGACCUAUUGUUAGAGAAACCAGUAGAAGAUGCUCAAACGGGUAAAGUGAUUAUGCCAGAAGAUGGUGAAGUACGAGAGAAAAUAGUAUUAGCAUAUCGUGGAACAGAUUAUUUUGACGUAUUACCGGAAGGAUGGGUGGAAGUAACUCACAGUAGUGGCCUGCCCAUUUAUCUGCAUAAAUCUACACGGGUUUGUACGUUCUCACGGCCGUACUUUAUUGGUCCAGGUAGCGUUCGACAUCAUAAUGUGCCAAUUUCCGCUAUACCGUGCUUGCAUCAGCGACGGGUGCUUAAAGAAAUGGAAGAGGGUGCUGCAGCAAGUGCAGCUGCAUUGCAAAAUGCACUUUCCGAAUCGGUCGGUGUGCAAAGUGGUGAUGUUGCAUUUGAAGAUUCUGCAUUAGUAAUGGCGCGACUACAAGCGCCAGGUACGAAAGUUCAGACUGCUGAAGACUUCAAGGAGCGUCAGCUUGAUACAGAAGCAUUACACGAAUAUGCGAAAGCUGUAUUUAAAUUUAAAAAAAUUCAGACAUAUCGGUUCAACAAAUGGGCUGCGACGCGUAAUUUUCAUCGCCAACGGAAACUUGCCGAAGCUGGAAGACUUGGGAAAAAUGCAUCCUCUAUUGAGCUUUCAGUUGGUCGUCCCGCACUGCCUUCAAAUGUGAAAUUGAUUACUGUGCCUGCAUUGGAAACAAAUUUAAAACCACAGCAUCGUGGAUUUUUUCUUAAUCCACAAGGAAAAACAUCGGUCAGUGUGCUGCACGAGUAUGUACAGAAAGUUUUGAAAAGUACCAUCAAUUAUCAUUUCUCAGAGACAAGGAAUUCAUCAAUGCCAUACGGAUGCACAGCACGUCUGAAAAUGAAUUUAAAUAAUCGAGUACUUUGUGCAACAAGUGUCAAGGAAAAAUUAAUGCUUUUGCAAGAAAAGCAAAGACGAGAACAACGUCUACAAGAACAUGGCGAACAACCAGAUGCUGACUUUGUGAUUCUUGGAACGGGUUGCGGUAAUAGCAAAAAAACUGCUAAGCUGGAUGCUGCACGAAAUGCCUUAAAAGUUUUAAUACCGGAUGUAGAGUUUGAUCCGGAAGGUAUUGCUAGAAGCGAUAAGAAAGUGAAAGAUGAUGCAGAAAGCGACAAAGAAGAUGCAGUAGCACUAUUUGAUAUGUUGCCAAUAGAGGAUUCGAGAAUAUUUGAUUUAUCUGCUAGAGCUGGUCAACCAUCACCAUAUUUACUACUUCAGGAGUGCUUGAAACGAAAUGCAGCAUAUGGCGACACGGAGAUAAAAGUUCACUCGGUGCGAGUCAAACAUCAACGCCAUCAGUUCGAUAUGGACGUCGGCAAACAUCGUGUUUCUGUUAUAUGUGCAAAUAAACGUGAAGGCAAACAGAAAGCGUCCCAAGCAAUGCUCAAAAAAUUGCAUCCUAAUCUCGACACAUGGGGUUCUCUCAUACGCCUUUACGGGCAUGGAACACAACAAAAACAACAAGAAGCACGAAAAAGUCGACAAAGUAUCAUCAAAUUACAAGGAAAUCGUACUAGGGAAAGCUCAGCAUUAGAACCAAAUAAUGCAAUAUUGGAGAAAUUACGGAUGGAAAUGUUGAAAUUAUCGAAAUCCAAGCAAUCGAUCGAAACUUGUAAUGUACCAAAACGGCCAAAACUAUCCGCAACCAGCGAACCGGUAGAUGCGAUACAGUCAGCCCAGACUUCAGCCAAUUACGCAGCAACGCAUCCGGAUGCUUUAUCGGCUUUAAGAAUUGAUCUUUAA